AUGGAGAAAUUUCACAACCUCUCCCCUCUUGGACUGGUGUUGCUAUGUUCUCUUUCAGCUUCCUUAGUCACGUCUGCCACCAAUGUUACCACUGAUCAGUCAUCUCUUCUUGCCUUGAGAGCUCACAUUUCGGUUGACCCUCUACAAAUCUUGGCCAAAAACUGGUCAGUUGGGUCUUCAGUCUGUGAAUGGAUUGGAGUCACUUGUGGCUCUCGUCAUCAUAGAGUGACUGCCCUGAAUAUUGUCGGCAUCAUCCCUCCACAACUGGGAAAUCUAUCAUUUCUUGCUUCUAUUAACAUGACUAUGAACAACUUCCAUGGAGCACUACCACAUGAGUUUGCUGGAUUGCGCCGAUUAAAACUACUUAAUUUGAGCUUCAACAAUCUUGAAGGAGAGUUCCCCCAGUGGAUUGGUUCAUUUCCUCGACUUCGUCGCUUGUCUCUUAGAAACAAUAGUUUCACUGGUCUUGUCCCAUCUUCCAUCUCUAACAUGUCAAAGCUGGAGGAGAUAAAUCUUUCGUACAACAUUCUGCAAGGAGACAUUCCUACAGGGAUUUUCAAUAUUUCCUCCCUGCAAGUGAUUAGCCUAACGGGUAAUGGCCUAUCUGGAACUAUUCCAAGUGAUUUGUGUCACCAUCUUCGGGCACUAAGUAUCCUUUCCCUGUCAUCGAACAAAUUAAAUGGCCAAUUACCAUCAAGUUUAGGUCAAUGUUCAGAACUUCAGAGGCUGUCUUUGUCUUUCAACCAAUUUACAGGAUCCAUACCGAAAGAAAUUGGGGACCUGAAGAAGCUUGAGGUGCUAUAUUUGGGUGCUAACUAUUUAGAAGAUUCAGAUCCAGAAGUUGGUAAAAUUCCAAAAGAAAUUGGAGACCUAAACAAGCUUGAGGAUCUGAAUUUGGGUGACAAUAACUUAGAAGGUGAAAUUCCAAAAGAAAUUGGUAACUUAACUAUGAUGAAAGAACUAGAUCUUCGACGUGCAAAUUUAAGAGGUGUAAUAUUACGAGAGAUUGGUAACUUGUAUUUUCUUGAAAGACUCAACUUAGAACAAAAUAGCUUAACUGGUUCCAUACCAACAGAGAUCUUCAACCUCUCUAGGUUAAUUGUCGUGGUAUUUGUGGGAAAUCAACUUUCAGGCAAUCUUCCAUCAACGUUUGGUCAUAGGCUUCCCAAUUUAGAACGGAUUUACCUCGGCAUUAAUUCCUUCUCUGGAGUAUUACCUACCUCAAUCUCAAAUUCUUCUAAACUUCGAAGAGUAGAUUUUAGUUCUAACAAGUUCACGGGUCCAAUUCCCACUUCCCUGGGGGACCUAAGUCACCUAGAAGUGCUGAAUCUAUCUGGCAACAAUUUAACGAGUGACUCCUCAUCUCAAGAGUUGAGCUUCAUCACUUCAUUGACAAAUUGCAAAUAUUUGUCAUUUUUGGACUUGAGUGACAAUCCAUUGAAUGGGAUAAUUCCAAACUCGAUCAGUAAUCUUUCAACUUCCCUUGAAAGAUUAUAUGCAGCAGGUUGCAAAAUCAAGGGCACCAUUCCAGAUGGAAUAGGAAACUUCAGAAGUUUGAUCGCAUUAGAUCUAUCAAACAACGAGUUAAGUGGGUCAUUGCCAGCUACGAUAAUAGAUUUACAAAAGCUUCAAUACAUGGAUCUCAGUAUGAACAAACUAAUUAGCAGAGUCCCCCUGCAUUUGCUCUGUGCUCUCCACAACUUGGAUACAAUGAACCUUGGACAAAAUCAAUUUAUGGCCUCAAUUCCAAAGUGCUUCGGAAAUCUUACUUCCCUAAGGCAUCUCAACCUAAGUCACAACAAACUAUAUUCUGCUCUACCUGAGGAAAUAUGGAACCUAAAAGAUCUCUUGGAGCUUGACCUCUCCUCAAAUCUACUGAGUGGAUCUUUGCCGUAUGCUAUGACGAAUACGAAGAUGGCAAAUUGGGUAGAUUUGUCAACCAAUCAGUUCUCAGGUGGCAUUCCUAACUCAAUUGGAGAUAUGCAGAACCUACAAAAUCUUUCUCUAGCACACAACAGAUUGCAAGGAUCAAUCCCAGAAUCGAUUGGCAAGAUGUUAAGCUUGGAGUCAUUAGAUCUAUCACAUAACUCUCUCUCUGGAUCAAUUCCAAUGUCAAUGGAGAACCUUCGGUAUCUUAGAAAUUUCAAUGUCUCUUUUAACAAUUUAAGUGGUGAAGUUCCUUCCAGAGGGCCUUUUAUCAACUUCACUGCCGAAUCCUUCACUUCAAAUCAAGACCUCUGUGGAGCUCAAAGGUUUCAUGUGCCCCCAUGUCCAAAUAAUUCAGCUCACAAAUUGAGAACAAAAAAGCUGCAUCGAACAAUUUUUAUUCUACUGGGGGUGAUAAUAGCAGCGGGAGUCUUGUCCUUUGGAGUUGUUUGCCUAAGAUAUCGAAAGAAAGAUACACUUUCCAGUGGAGCAAAUUUAUCCCUAGUUGCAAUGCCAGAAAGAAUUUCAUAUUUUGAACUUCUACAAGCAACUAACGGGUACAAUGAAAGCAAUUUGCUAGGGGCUGGAAGCUUUGGAUAUGUUUAUACAGGUACUCUUGAUGAUGGAAGGGCUGUGGCUGUUAAAGUGUUCAAUUUACAAGUCGAUGGAGCAUUCAAGAGUUUUGAUGUAGAAUGUGAGGUGUUGCGCAAUCUUCGCCAUCGAAACCUCACAAGAGUCAUUAGUAGCUGCUCUACCCCUGAAUUUAAGGCAUUAGUGCUUGAGUUCAUGCCUAAUGGGAGUCUUGAGAAGUGGUUGUAUUCGCACAACUAUUUUACCGAUCUGAUGCAGAGAUUGGACAUAUUGAUUGAUGUGGCAUGUGCAUUGCAAUAUCUCCACUGUGAGUAUUCAACUCCAGUAAUUCACUGUGAUCUGAAGCCAAGUAAUGUGCUGCUGGAUCAAGACAUGGUUGCCCAUCUAAGUGAUUUUGGCCUUACAAAGUUGUUGGGUGAGGAACACAGCAUCACAUACACCGAAACACUAGCCACACUUGGCUAUGUCGCACCAGAGUAUGGGUUGGAAGGAUUGGUAUCAGCAAAAUGCGACAUCUACAGUUUUGGAAUUAUGAUGAUGGAAGUCUUCACGAGAACAAAUCCCAACAGCGAAAUGUUUGGUGAAAAAUUGAGCCUGAAGAGCUGGGUUGCUAAUUCAAUACCUGAUGGAUUAGCUAAUGUCAUCGAUGCUAAUUUGCUAAAGGAAAGUGAUGAAUACUUUGUUGAAAAGCUAAGCUGCAUAGCCUCAAUCAUGAAAGUGGCUUUAGGCUGCACGAUGGAGUCUCCAAGAGAGAGAAGGAGCAUACAAGAUGUUCUUGUUGCGCUGAAAAAGAUCAAGCUUCAGUACAUGAGUCCGCUCUGUUCAGGGACAUAA